CGGUGAGGCGGCGCCGCCCCGGGGCCGGGCCAGCCCCGGUUAUGAGGCGCAGCGCGGUGUCCCCACACCCUGCCCGUCCCUGCGCUCUGCCCGGUGCCAGGAUCCCGCUCUGCAGCACCAUGCUGGAUCCCAAACCUCACUCUGCGAGUCGGAGGUGAAUCCAGGUGAAAGUCAGCUACCACAGUAGGUGUCAGGAUGACCAAAGCACGGCUCCUCCGUCUCUCUGUGGUGCUGGUCUCCAUCUUCAUGAUCCUCCUGAUCAUUGUCUACUGGGACAACGUGGGGACGGCUCACUUCUACCUGCACACGUCCUUCUCCAGGCCUCGUUCCCCGGGAGCCAUCCCUGGUAUCACGGCAGGUGAGGACUGGGAAGCCUUGCCGGAUGUAGAUGAAUUUUUGGCAAAGCUGCUUAGUUCGAGCCUGAGACAGAACAACUCUAUCCCCCGAAAGACAGAGCAGCUCCUUGUCCAGGGCUCCAACAAGCCCGUGGUGAGUAAUUUGGAGGAGAAUGUGCGGGGCUAUGACUGGUCCACGCACAAGGACAGGAACAGCCUGGACCAAGCGAAGCUGCAGGUGGAGAGGCAGAGAACGCUGCGGGAGUUUUGUGCCAAUUCCAGCUUCACCUUCCCCACCAAGGAGCGCUCCUUUGAUGACAUCCCGAACUACGAGCUCAACCACCUGAUCGUGGAUGACCGCCACGGCAUCAUCUACUGCUACGUGCCCAAGGUGGCCUGCACCAACUGGAAACGAGUGAUGAUUGUGCUCAGCGAGAGCCUCCUGGACCGGGGCGUCCCGUACCGGAACCCUCUGGACAUCCCCCGGGAGCACGUCCACAACACCAGCACCCACCUGACGUUCAACAAGUUCUGGCGCCGCUAUGGGAAGUUCUCCCGGCACCUCAUGAAGAUCAAGCUGAAGAAGUACACCAAGUUCCUCUUCGUGCGGGACCCUUUUGUCCGCCUCAUCUCCGCCUUCCGCAGCAAAUUCGAGCUGGAGAACGAGGAGUUCUACCGGCGUUUCGCCGUCCCCAUGUUGAAGCUCUACUCCAACCACACCAACCUCCCCACCUCCGUUAGCGAGGCCUUCGGGGCGGGCCUCAAAGUCUCCUUUUCUGACUUCAUCCAGUACUUACUGGAUCCCAGGACAGAGAAGAUGACCCCCUUCAAUGAGCACUGGAGGCAGGUUUACCGCCUGUGCCACCCGUGCCAGAUAGACUACGAUUUCAUCGGAAAGCUGGAGACGCUGGAUGAGGAUGCUGCCUAUUUAUUGCAGCUCCUCAAAGUGGACAGGCUGCUUCGCUUCCCACCCAGCUACAGGAACAGGACUGCCAGCAGCUGGGAAGAUAACUGGUUUGCCAAAAUCCCGCUGGCUUGGAGGCAGCAGCUCUACAAGCUUUACGAAGCAGAUUUUGUACUCUUUGGCUACCCCAAGCCAGAAAACUUGCUUAAAGACUAAAAGUGAUCGGGCAGUGGGUGUGGGAGGGAACAUCUGAAAUACCAAAAAUGUUUAAAGCCUCCUCAUUUUUGCUCUUAACUCCCUUCCCCAUACAGGUUGGUACAAUGGAAUAUAUUUUUUCUACUGCUUUCCCUUCCAUUUUUGCAAUAAUGUCAGAGUCCAGGGUAUUCCAGCCAGCUGUGCAUAUGCAAAAAAUGCCAUUUUUUUGUUAUAAUUUGUUUUCUGUUUUUUAAAAUGUCCCCAUAUUUUGCUAUGGGUCACUGCCCUUGGUCACUCUGCCAACUGUGUCCUUCAGUAGCUUUUUAUUAAUACUUUUUAAAAAUUAAUAUAUUUAAGAUAUUUAAUACAAAGCGUGUGUCGUGGCAAAGGAAGGGAAGGAAU